AUGGCUCUGACCCGGGCUGGCUGGCAGCUGGGGGCUUUGGUGUGGGGCGCCUGCUUCUGCGUCCUGGUGCACGGGCAGCAGGCACAGCCAGGGCAGGGUUCGGACCCGGGGCGCUGGCGGCAGCUGAUCCAGUGGGAGAACAACGGGCAGGUGUACAGCCUGCUCAACUCGGGCUCAGAGUACGUGCCAGCUGGGCCUCAGGGAACAGGGAGUAGCUCCCGGGUGCUGCUGGCGGGCGCCCCCCAGACCUCGCAGCGGCGCAGCCAGGGCGGCCCCCGGCGGCGGCAGGCCCCUACCCUGCCGGGCCGCGUGGGCUCGGACACCGUGCGCGGCCAAGCCCGGCAUCCCUUCGGCUUCGGCCAGGUGCCAGACAACUGGCGCGAGGUGGCCGUCGGGGACAGCACGGGCAUGGCCCGGGCCCGCACCUCUGUCUCCCAGCAACGGCAUGGGGGCUCCACCUCCUCCUCGGUCUCGGCCUCGGCCUUCGCCACUACAUACCGCCAGCAGCCCUCCUACCCGCAGCAGUUCCCUUACCCGCAGGCGCCCUUCGUCAGCCAGUACGAGAACUACGACCCCGCGACAAGGACCUACGACCAGGGCUACGUGUACUACCGCGGCGCGGGCGGCGGCAUGGGCGCAGGGGCGGCCGCCAUGGCCUCGGCGGGGGUCAUCUACCCCUUCCAGCCCCGCGUGCGCUACGAGGAGUAUGGCGGUGGCGGCGAGGAGCAGCCCGAGUACCCGGCCCAGGGCUUCUACCCAGUCCCGGAGAGGCCCUAUGUGCCGCAGCCGCAGUCCCCCGACGGCCUGGACCGCCGCUACUCGCACAGCCUGUACCACGAGGGCACCACCGGCUUCGAGCAAUCCUAUCCAGAAACCAGCCCCGACGCGGUGGCGCAGACCAACAACGGUGGCAGCACCUAUGCCGGCGACCCCCGCCUCGGCUGGUACGCCCCUUACGCCAACGUGCCACCAGAGGCCUAUGUCCCGCCGCGGGCAGUGGAUCCCCCGCAGCCCCCAUUCCGCUCACAGGAGCCACCCUACCUGCCCGUGCGCAGCUCUGAUGCGCCCCCGCCCGGCGGGGAGCGGAACGGCGCGCAGCAGGGCCGCCUGAGUGUGGGCAGCGUGUACAGACCCAACCAGAAUGGCCGUGGUCUCCCCGACUUGAUCCCAGACCCCAACUAUGUGCAAGCGUCCACGUAUGUGCAGCGGGCCCACCUGUACUCCCUGCGCUGUGCAGCGGAGGAGAAGUGUCUGGCCAGCACAGCCUACGCCCCCGAGGCCACUGACUACGAUGUACGGGUGCUACUGCGCUUCCCCCAGCGCGUCAAGAACCAGGGCACAGCGGACUUCCUCCCUAACCGUCCCAGGCACACCUGGGAGUGGCACAGCUGCCACCAACACUACCACAGCAUGGACGAGUUCAGCCACUACGACCUACUGGAUGCAGCCACAGGCAAGAAGGUGGCUGAAGGUCACAAGGCCAGCUUCUGCCUGGAGGACAGUACCUGUGACUUUGGCAACCUCAAGCGAUAUGCAUGCACCUCUCAUACCCAGGGUCUAAGCCCAGGCUGCUAUGACACCUACAACGCAGACAUCGACUGCCAGUGGAUCGACAUCACUGAUGUGCAACCAGGGAACUACAUCCUCAAGGUACACGUGAACCCAAAGUACAUAGUUUUGGAGUCCGACUUCACCAAUAACGUGGUGAGAUGCAACAUCCAUUAUACAGGUCGCUAUGUUUCUACAACAAACUGUAAGAUUGUCCAGUAA